AUGGCGCAAGCGCAAAAGUUCCACGACUUCGUCCUCUGGAAUGAGUUCACGCUCAACUUUACCGUCCUUCCCGAUCAACCGCUGAGAUUUCUUCAAAAUGGAAGCGACAACGUAGACACUGUCGGCUUGUGCCUUGCCGGCAAUUCUACCUUGCCCGAUUACUUUCGAUUGGUUCCCAUUGAUUCUUCAGAUGCGAGCAAGGGCUACUAUUUGUGGUCAGGCUCACUGUAUGUCAGCAAGUAUGUUGACACCGUCCGAGGGCAAGAUUGUGUGCUGGGAAAGCCAGAUAUCAAAGAUGCCUUAAUCUGGUAUCCGACAUUCUUAUCAGGGUCCACUUUCACCUUGGGGUCUCCAGGUUACAUCAAUCCUCGGCAUCCUGGAACCCCGGUGCCGAAUCCAUUGCUAUCAUGCUCAACCACUACCGCCACAACACAGGUUGGUAAUACAGGUGUCCCUGACCAAUCCACCUUGCAAAUACCAACUACUGGCCGUACCAUUGCCAAAAUACGAGCUCUACACCGUGACUGGCACAACCUUUUUCAAGCCAUCAAGUUCCCGCUGAAUCUUGUAGACGGAACUUCGCUGCGAUUUGAUGUCAAUCCGCCAACCGAUCCCAUCCAACAGACAUUCCUCACCCCGGAAGGAGACGGCACUCUUCUAUUCCAGUUUGUGGCGUUGGACCCAAACGAUUUCAGGCAAGGCUAUUACCUGACUUCGUCUGACAGGAUUACAGACAAUACUGGCCAUGCGCCACCGUUCUUGCCACGGAUCCUGUCUGAUUCGACCUUUAUGCUGCAAGACAAGAAUCAUUGGGGGGACUGCUUGACACAGCCCAAAAGCGAGGAUGGAUCACAGGACUUGGAUGUCGUGGUAUACCUUCCUAUCGGGUUUAGGGAAGGUCUCGGACCCAUUCACCGAAUCUUUAAACUACCGACCUGGGCCAUGAGAAUGAUGCGGAUGAUGUACUUUCCUGAGUCUACACCGAUCAACCUUGGAAUUCCAGGGCUAAACAGCUUUGUGCAGGCGUCGGGAAAUAUGUCACUGAAAUGCUUGCCGCGGGCGUCUGCUACUGGUCCAUCCAUCAUUUCGCUCCAGCCCCAAAACAGUGCAAUGGCCUUCUCGGGCUAUAUCAUGACUGUGCAAGGCAACCUCUAUGUCAAAUUUGUCCAAGGGGAGCAAACCACCAUACUCACAGACCAAAUUUCACAAGCUACUCCGCUUUGUCUUGUCGGGCACAAUGACGGCACAAUAUCUUUCUGGAAUUGUAUGUCCAACCACGUUAUCAGCACUACCACGAUUGGCAGCGACACUGUUGUUGUAUUCAAAGAACUUGAUGACCUGUCAGUAUUGGAGCCUCGCUGGUCUGUCGGGUCUCCAGUAACCCCUUCUUCCGUAUCACGUCUUGACAUUGGGGGUCCAAACGAUACGUUCCACGUGCGACCGAUUCUUGAUGUCCUCAACCACGAAUACUAUUCCAAGAAGGGCAGGACGUGGAAUGUUUCAUACAACAACUCUUUGACGCCCGACUGGGUCAUAACAACUCCUAACCAUCCUUUUGCGAGUUAUAGUGACUUCGAAAUGCCCAUCGCGGAUACUGUAGAGCAUAACGGUUUCUUUCUUAAGCCGUUCGUCUCAGGAGAGCCCAUCGACCCACGACAUCCAGCAGUCGAUAUUGCUUCAAGCGUCCAAAGUCCAGGAAACUCCCCUUUAAAAUUGCACGCCGGGCAUUCUCGGCGAAUCUAUGAAGAGAUGUACAAUAUGAUAACCUCCGGCACCAAGUUCGUGGACAUCAUGUCAAUGCUUAUGCAAAACGAUACUCCGACCGGCCAGUUCAAGGCUGCCGUCCGAAAUGCCAUCACGUAUCUCAGCAACAAGCCCGGAGCAGAGCAUUUGAAGAUGCGCAUCAUGUUCGGCGCACCCUUGACCUUUGUCGGGAAUCUCGACUACCCUUCAGAGGCACCCGGUCCCUUCCGCGCAGCUGAUGUACUUCUCUCAGACCUGACGAGAGAUAUCACCAAUGCGAACUGUCAAAUGACCAUCUAUGUCGGAUAUUCGUGUUGGGACAGCCCUUUUACUUGGAAUCAUGCCAAAAUUAUUGCUGUUGACGGGUCAAGCGCCAUGACAGGUGGUCACAACAUGUGGUAUCAUGCUUACCUGGGUCAAAACCCCCGGUUCGAUGCCACAAUGAAACUGUCAGGCCUAGCUGCAGAAGAUGCUCACCUCUUCGCGGAAACAGUCUGGAAUGCGAGCAUUCAGAAGCCGUACAGCAUUCCCUUCAACCCUACCGACCCUGGGAGCGAAGCUAGCCCAAGCUUCGUCUCGGGAGCAGCAAUGCUGCCCAACAGGCGGUAUGUGACGCAGGCGGCUGCAAAUCCGCCAUCGCGUCUCUAUAGUGCAACCAUACCAGUCUCUCCCUCCGACCCGGCUCGUAUGUCCGGCUCUGGGGUCCCUGUUUUGUCAGUUGCUCGUAUGCUCGAUGACGCACCAGGCGCUGCCCCUGGAGACAAAGCACUGGUUGCGCUCCUAGACUCGGCUACAUCAACAAUCUACAUCUCGGGACAAGGUCUGAAGGACCAUACCUUUGAGCUUGUCCGCAACUAUUGGAUCGACGAUUUCAUGUCUGCAAUAGGCCGGGCGCUCAAGCGCGGCGUCCAGGUCAAGAUUUUUUUGUCGAGCAUAGAUGCUGGGUCUUACGCGGGUGACCAACCUACCGUUGUGAUUGAGAAAAUCGGCAACGGGUUGAGCGGAAUGACUCCUGGUGCAGCGAGGGUUGUGUUGCAGAGGUUGUCGGUGCAGUCUUUCCCUUCAUCCUCCAGAUGGGGUCUGAACCCUAAUAUCGACGGGCAAAGAGGCAUCGGCAAUCACGCCAAGCUGAUUUGCGUCGAUUCUCGAGCUGUCAGUAUCGGAUCACAGAACUUUUAUCCCUCGUGGCCAGCGCAGCUGUCCGAGUUUACCUACAUCUUCGAGAGUCAAACACAGGCUCAACAGCUCAUGGACAGUUAUUUUACCCCACUUGCUGCAUGGUGUGACCUGUCGCCGACUGCCACAUUGGUCUGUAAGUUCACGUCCGAAUCGACAGUAGACCAGGUGUAUCUGGCAGUCAACGAUAUUCAGAUCUGGCCUACAAAUGCGACAUACAAGGAAAUGGUAGAGAAUCAAGUUGAACAACUUAGUGUUGAUCUUCAGACUUUCACUGGCAACGACGAAGACGUCGUUGUUUCAAUUUACGACUAUGAUUUCAUCACUGCAGAUGAUCGGCUGAAAGAGUUCCGAUUCAACAAGGACGUCCUGGAUGGGACGAGACCAGGAGAUAUUACACGCAUGGAUGGGACCGAUGUCGGGGGCGAAGGAGGUUCAUAUUCGAUUACAUGGUCGUAUAGUAUAACAACGAUCGCUGUUCCCAAUGCACAAACCAGCAGUACCAGUAUAAAGAACCCAGUUGUUUCUCACGACCAUUUGGAAGUGACGCGGAAAGCUAAAGUGGUCAAUGAAUCAAGGCGUACAACAUUGAUUGUCGUCAAUGAGUCCCUUGCACCCUAG